AUGUCCGACUCUACGAAACCUGUCCUAAACUCUACUCCUGAGAUUCUUCUCCGUAAGAGAAGAAAUGCUGACAGAACCAGAUUGGAGAAGCAAGAACUGGCUAGACAAAGACAAGCCAAACAGAAGAAACAGAAGUCCCAAAGGAAGAACAGAUUCAUUAGAAUGGAAUCCAUUGCAGCUAAUACCUUGGCCACUGAGAGAGAGAAGGAGAGAAUUAAGAGAAUCUCAAAGUUGGAAAACAAAAAGUCUAAGAAUGAAUUGGAUCAUCUACCUUCUGAGAAAAACUUCAUAUUGAAGAUCUCUGAAAAAACUCCAGAAGAACAAGAAGAGACUGUUGAUGUUGAUGACGACGAAGAAAAUGAUGACAACUUAGUAAGAGAAAAGAUUGAAUACGACGGUAAGGAUCAAUUACUAUUUGUGGUGAGAGUGAAGGGCCCCACUGCUGUGAAGUUACCUCAUAAAGUUUUCAAGAUUUUAUCUGUGUUAAGAUUGGAUGAACUAAAUACUGGUGUCUUUAUCAAAUUAACACCCUCCGUGUUCCCUCUUUUGAAACUCGUGGCACCAUAUAUCGUCAUUGGAAGACCUUCCUUAAGUUCCAUUCGUUCAUUGAUCCAAAAGAGAUCCAAGAUAAUGUACCAAGGUCCAGAAGAAACUGAGCCCAAGUCCAUUGUUUUGAAUGAUAACAACAUUAUUGAAGAAAAGUUGGGUGAAACUGGGAUCAUAUGUAUGGAAGAUAUUAUCCAUGAAAUUGCUACUCUAGGUGAAUCCUUCAAAAGCUGUACAUUUUUCCUACAACCAUUCAAGUUGAACAGAGAAGUGUCAGGUUUCAACUCUUUAAAUAGACUAAGAAAGAUUGAGCAAAAAGAAAAUGAGUCCAAGAUUCGUCAAGUCUCAAACGCCUCAACUGCCCCAAUCAUCCAAAUCGACAUCGAUUCCUUGAUCAGCAAAGUGAACUGA